ACGAGCGCGCACGUUUGGGGCGGCACCGUGAAGAUGUCUGGUGAGCGGGUGAAGAUUGCGCACGUAAACAAGAAGGGCAACAGGUGGCUUCAGGCCCAGCACAAUGGCCAGCCGAUGCAACUAUCAGGCUAUAAGGACGAGAAUGUCGCAGAGGCGUGGCUGGUCGAGCUGAUCACCAAGUACGUGAGUGGCGAGGUUGACAAACUAGAGAUGGAGGAGCUCAAACGCGAGUGGCUGGAGGGCGGCAACAGAGUGUGCAAACGACCAGCUGCUAAGAAACCAGCAUCAGCUGGCAAGACGCCAGCAGCAGCAGACGGCGAGGAUGGCGAGGCGGCGGAGGGUGCGGCG